AACUCAUCGUGUCCUGACUUGAAUAUGUGGGGCUGCCGUCUCCUCUCGGUUGAACAGAAACAGAGGAGAGUCUGUUGACAGGGGCAGGACUCUGGAAAAUAUGGUGGGAGUUGCAGAAUUUUAAGGGGGUGACGGGACAGAAGUGAUGCAGGGACCUAUAAGCAGUGCUUUAAGCCUGGAGAGGCGCUGCGAAAGCUGUUGUUGAUGAUGCUGUUUUGACGUAUCGGGAGCGAGACUGAUGACAGCUGACAGCCGCGCCGAAGUUCAAGGGCGAACAAGUGCCAGGGAUUUCAGAGCUGUCCAGGUUGCAGGAUGGAUGGCGACGCACACAGCCGACCGCCUGAACGAAGGAGAUCAUUGAAAAGCAAAGCAGCUCCUCCUCCUCCUGUCCUGAAAGGUCUGGAUGCUCCACCGCUGAGCCGCAAGCUCCCAGCAUACCCUCAGCCUGCCAUGGAGCAGAAGGAGAACCUGCUGGAGGAGGACCUGACCCUCACCGUGGUCCUUCCUGAAGGGCUGGAGAAGACUGUGGUCGUCCAUGGCAGCAAGCCCAUGAUGGACCUGCUGGUCAUGCUUUGUGCAAAGUACCACCUGAACCCGUCUGGCCACACCAUAGAGCUCAUCACCACCAACAGGAACCAAGUGAAGUUCAAACCCAACGCUCUCAUCGGAGCCCUAGAGGCUGAGAAGAUCCUGCUAAAACCCAAAGGCAUGGAGGACAAAAACAACAAGACAGGGCCGCAGAUGCCCGAGGCAACCGUACGAUUAGUGAUCAACUACAAGAAGAGCCAGAAAACCAUUCUCAGGGUGAGUCCUCGGGUUCCUCUUCAAGAACUACUUCCAGCGAUCUGCGAGAAAUGUGAAUUUGACCUGCAGACCACAGUUUUAUUAAGAAAUGUCCACUCAGAAGACACUUUGGACCCAAGUGGCUCGCUCAAUGAUUUUGGCCUGAGGGAAGUGUAUGCAAGAGACACAAAAGUUAUAAGCCCUGUAAGUCCUAUUAGCCCAUUAAGUCUGCCUCCAUCUCCAUCUGGCUCAGAAAUAUAUCAUCAUGGGAAAGAGAAAAUCCAGAGGGAGAAAGAAAAGAAACGAUUCAGCUUAUUUAGGAAAGGAAGUAAGAAGCAAUCCGAAAAGUAUAUGACCGUGAGUGCACCGGCGUCUCCAGCGCACAGGAAGCAGAGGCCGGUCAGCUUGAGUUCCUUCAGCACACAUUCACCCAUUACAUACGAUUGCAAUACCAUGCCCUCCAACAUGCCAAAGAAAAGACGAGCUCCGUUGCCGCCGAGCAUGAUGUCACAGAGCAUGCCUACCGACCUCGGUCAUCACCAGUGCAGUAGUCAAACCACCACGCAUCAUGAUGGCAACCAGAAUAUGGCUCCUUUGAGCAGGGGAUCCUCGACAGAGUCGUCCUUCAAGAAGUCCACCAAGCGAAAGGCCCCUCCACCCCCCACCUCGAGCAACACAGCCCCUCCUAAAGAAACCACACAAGAUAAAGACAUGACAGAACCAGUGUUGGCAUCUCCUCUGGAGGAGAUCAGGGAACAGGAAGAGAUGACUGUGAGCGCCGAAGGUCAGGUGGCUGCUGUGGAGGAGAAGGAGGACGAAGACAGCAGCCUCAACCUGUCCGCUGACAUCUCUCUGGACUCCGGCCGAGCUGGGACAGCAACUCCCUCUCAGGAUUCAGAGGUUCUGGAGAGCGAGAUGGCCAGAGACAAUCCAUCAUGUGACCUGUCCCCAGAUACUGAGUAUGUACCUGGAGCAGAAGCCACAGUGAAUGGAGAGAUCAAGUCGGAGCAGGCCACAAGCUCUCAAAUCCCAUCAGAAGACAUAGAGCCCCCGCUGGAAAAGACAGAAGAGGUGAUUAAGUCUUCUGAGAUGUGCCCCGUUCUGGAGGAGGUUUCUGUGAGCACCACAGAGAAGCCUGCAUCUGUGUGCAACAAGCUUCAAUCCUCCGAAUGUGGCAUCCAGACGUUGCACACGGACUUGCAAGCGAAGGGCUUUGAUUCCAACACGGAGCUCAGCCGUGAAGACCGAACACCAAAAAUCGUCCCCAGUACGGUCAGCUUCGCUCACACCAAGACGCAAAUGCAGACAGAACCCCAGAAACCCUUUGAGACAUCAAGCUCAUGCACUGAACCCUCCACAGCUCCAUCAGCGUCCACAACGGGACUAAAAAGAGACAUGGCCACUUCCACAGAAAAGCUGCGUGUUCCUGAACCACAUUCGCCUGCGAUCCAUGCAAACCGGGAUCUGACAUCUACACCAACCUCUAAAGCAAGUAGCGUACAGUAUAUUGUAGAUAACAAACCCAAACCAUCCAAUGAGCUCACCCGUGAAUACAUUCCCAAAGUAGGCAUGACCACCUACACCAUCGUGCCUCAGAAGUCUCUCGAAAAAUUGCGUUUCUUUGAAGUAGAGUUGACUUUGGAGCCCAAUUUAGACUUCAAACCUGAAACAAAGACUGUCUCCAAUGGUACAGUUUCUGUUAACAGCCAUCAGAACGUAUUUGAGCAAACUAGUCCAUGUACUUCACCUCCAGCUACCGUUUCAUCCCCUGUAGAAGGAACCGAAUCCAACAUCAAAAACAAGAAAGUUCCACCUGCAACAAGACCCAAACCAGCUUCUUUCCGUCUGCCGAAGCACAAACGAACACCUGGGGAUUUUGUCGCCUCCGCGGCUGUUCGCCAAACGAGUGUUGGCAGUAAUAGCAGCAGCAGCAGUUGCUGUAGCAGUCCUGCAGCCCGGCCGAAAGAAACUGCAAGCAGCCCACAAUCAGAUGUGUUUGCUGAACUGGACGGCUUCCCUCCUCCACCGCCACAGGUCCAGUGGGAAGAUGAGGAGAAUGCAGGAGCGAGUGAUGCACCUCAAACUGCCGAGGUAGAUGUACCUCUACCCGAAGCUCCCAAAUUCCCACCGUCGUCUGUACUGUCCCGUCAGAAGAGUCUUCCCACUAAGCCCACGCCUUCGCUGAGUCUACAGAAGUUGAGAAGCUUCAACGCACCCAAACCGUACUCGUCCUCUUUGUCCUUGCGCUUCGCUCAAGCCGUGUCUUCUGCCGUGAAACGGUCCGAGUCUCUUUCCCAUCAUCCACUGAGACAGUCACCACGCACUCAUCUCCUCACAAAACAAAGAUCUAUUACAGAUUCUACUGAGCCAUCGGCCAGCACGGUGAGUACAACCUCGUAAAAAU